AGGCCACGUGGUAUUUUCAGUCUCUAAAACUUCCCUGGUACACAACAAAAUCAUUCAAAGGACAAAGACCUGGUUCCUACCUCAAGCAUACAAAAGUUCAAUAUGGGAAAACCUUAGAUAUUGUAAUUGUGAAUACAGAGUUAUUUCAGGGCCCUUCAGCUGGUGCUAUUGAGCAUCAGUUACUGUGGCUCAUGAAGACACUGGAAGAAAGCACCAGUGACUGGCGCAUUGUUGUUGGUUUCCACCCACUGUUAGCUUGUAAUGGAAGUACGGAAGCUAAAGACAAUCCUCUGUGUCUUCAUGAAAUGUUUUUGAAUCAUCGAGUGGACGCUUACCUCAGUGGCCAUGCUUGUACCGAACAUGUUCACAAACAGAGUGCAAAACAGCCUGGUAAUGCUGAUCAACCGGGCAAAGGACCUUGUCUUACUCCAAUUCGUAGGAUAUUUGAUCAAAACAAGGAAAAGGUGAAUGGUUUGCUUCUACACAGAGUCAGUUCCUAG